AUGAAGGUCCUCAUCCUGGCCAGCCUGGUGGCCCUCGCUCUUGCGCGGGAGACUGUAGAAAGCAUUUCCAGCAGUGAGGAAUCCAUUUCACACAUCAAUAAGAUACCUGAGAAGUUUGAAAAUGACAAACAGCAGCAAAGAGAGGAUGAGCACCAGGACAAAAUGCACGCCUUGGUCCAGCCACAGCCGCUUCUCUACCCUUACGCUGCGCCCAUCCCUUACCCUGUCCUGCCGCAGAGCGCCCUGCCUGUCGCUCAGCCCGCUGUGGUGCUGCCUGGCCCUCAGCCUGAAAUCGUGGAAGUUCCCAAUGCUAAGGAGAAUGUUUUUUCUGAGCAUGUGAUGCCAUUUCUUAAAUUUCCAAGAAUGCCAAUUUUUGAGCCCCAAAUCCCAGAUCUCACUGAUCUCAAAAAUUCACAGCUCCCUCUGCCUCUGCUCCAGCCCUUCAUGCCCCAAGCUCCCCGGUCUCUGCUCCAGACUCCCAUGCUUCCUCCUCAGGCCAUGGUCUCCCUUCCUCAGUCCAAAGCCCUGCCUCUUCCCCAGCAAGUGCUGGCCUUCCCCCCGAGAGCUAUGCCCUUCCCCCCGAGAGCUAUGCCCAUGCAAGCCCUUCUGCUGAACCAGGAGCUUCUGGUUGACCCUACCUGGGAAUUCACCCCUGGGACUCAACCUAUUUCCCCAGUUUACAACUUACAACAAGAAGAGACAGAGGGAGAAGAUGGCUUUGUGACAACAGAGACAGAGAUUGCAGUGAUGCAUUUACAGACCAGGGAAUGCCGGGAUUGCCAAUAA